UUACAUUACAAAGCAAAACUUUAGUGGAAUAAACAUUGCAGAGUUCAGGCAAUGCCUGCUGGGAAAUAUUGGGAAAUAAAAGGAUCAUGGCCAAUAUUCUGUACGGUCAGGUCUGGUACUCUGGUGGGGUUCAGCACCCAAUGAGAGUGCAGGAGUGGAGUAUGUACAGUCAGGGCUGGAGAGAUGGAAAUGAUCAUGCUCAGUAUGUGACUGUAUGGGGGGAUUUGCUGGGGGUGCAGAUUGUAAAAUACAAGGUGGGCAGUUAAAGUAAUUGUAAACCUCAGACAUGAAAUAUGUACAAAGCACAU